AUGGAAAACCCCAUCACUCUAAAGUGCUGCAACAAUCAAUCCUGGUUUGUGUUACUUGUCUCUUUUGUUUUUUGUCUUGGGUUGCUUUGCUUUGAUUACCUAGCUAUAAUUGGUGGAAAAAUUGGGGUCACUGUUUUGGAUAACAAUCAUGCAAAUGCAAUCAGUACCCAAAAUUCUCUUUCCCAUGACUUCAUUGAAAUUUCUAAUGAUACCAUUUCUCCAUUGCUCAAUAGCCUACCUGUCAAUGUAAUGGUGAAUAAAACUGGUGAAGCCAACAAAAAGGCUGACAGACCAGAAGAAUUGAAAGUGGAAACUAAGGUGGACUUUUGUUUGGGAAGAUAUAUAUUUGUUCAUAAUCUUCCUAGUAGAUUUAAUAAGGAUUUGGUCAAACAUUGUCGAUUGCUUACUAAGGGAAUUGAUAAAAACAUGUGUCCAUACUUAGAGAACUUGGAUUUUGGUCUUCAAAUUGAAAACCCUAAAAACGUUUUGCUAAACAGUAGCUGGUUUCUAAUAAAUCAAUUCUUGUUAAAAGUCAUCUUCCACAAUAAGAUGAAAAUGUAUGAAUGUUUAACCAAUGAUUCAUCGAUAGCAUUUGCAGUUUUUGUACAAGGAGAUCAAUUUUUGACUCAGUUUUGGCAGGGUGCAUUCUAG